AUGAACAAUUCAAAUCAUGUGCCCAAGAUAAACGCUGCCUACAGUUCCAACACGUCGCCCCUGUCGACCAUGACAACGAACCCAGCCCAGAGUGUGACUAGUCCGCCGCCCGUCACUGGCAAACGGGCAAGAAAUUCAGAUGAAAGUGAUGUCAAGGCAGGACAUGCCAGUACAACAGAAGAAGAUGGACGCAAGAAGAGAUCCAGAGGCAGGCCCAGGCUAGAUACUAAAGACGAAACAGCAGCCGACCGUCGUCGUACACAGAUUCGCCUCGCUCAACGAGCAUACAGGCAUCGUAAAGAUACUACCAUUACCACAUUGGAGCAGCGUGUCAAGGAACUUGAAAAGGCCAACGACGAUAUGAGCAAAGGAUUCAAUGAUUUUUACGAUAUUCUUCUCUCGGAGCGUGCUCUUGAAGCCGUGCCACAUGCUGCCCAACAGUUGUCGGCUAUUGCCAACCGGAUUUCCACUGUUGCCGAUAAGGCAAGAAACAACCCUGGAGAGGGCAGCUGCUCGGAGGACAGUGACGAGCAUCCCGUCUCUAAUCACGGAAACCAUCCAAACCUACAAUCAGUGCAGGCUACAACAUCUGCUGCCACUGCCAUGCCAACGAACAAUGGAUUCCACUUGGAUACAUCACAGCAAGCCAACAUUCUUGGGACGUCUACUGGAUCUCCUGGGGUGCCUGGCACCGCUGUAGCUACAACCUCUGGGCCGAUGAUCCAUGUGCCUGCGUCGCUCAGCUACGAAGUUGUCACGGCGGCGACCCCGGAUAAUGCGACUUUCCCGUUCUAUUCUUCGAUGGAGCCCACUAUUGAGGACGGCUUCAAUACAAACCUGCCUGCUAGCCACUCGCCUUACUCCUCGAUGGCCCCGCCGUUAUCGUACGCCUCCAACGAACUGACGUUUGGUCGUCGCCUGCAGCGCCAGACAACUGAAAAUGGACUGCGACUCAUCUCCAUGUCUAAUCCGCCCCCAGAUAGGUUUGCUGCCGUCUUUGGAUUUUGCUUGUUUUUCGAGUCGAAAGCGGCCAUUAUUCGGCGUUUGCAGCUUUCACUGAGCCGAAAUCAACAUGAGGACCUCUCCCAUUGGAGAUUCCCAUUCACCAGCCUCGGCGGCGCCGGUACAUUCUUCCCGCCACAACAGUCGAUCGAAGGGACAGGCGGGGACCCAAUGGCCAUGCCCAUCGGAAACCAAGGCACACGGUCGUACGGAAAACCCCAGGAAAUGACGGGUCAAUCAAUGGGACCAUUUAGCCCCGAGGUGCAAGCAACCCGUGACGAGCGAAUUGACCAUAAGAUGCGGAUGAUGUGGCCUGGAUUUGAAGGCGAGUUUUUCGACCCAGAUGAGGUGGAAACAUAUUUGCGCCAACUGGGCAUCUUCAUUCCCCAGCGCGCCGAGUACGUGGAGGCUGAUGUCGACCUUGGCGAUCUGGACCGUGAUGGGUCUUCGGCGAGAGCCAGCUGUGACUCGGCCAUGAUGCCAAAUGGACAGCAAGCAGGAUUUGCAACUGCAGAUUCCGGAUACGGGGGCAGCAGUCACAGUGGGACUUGGACCAACAGCAGCAACAGCCCUGUCUCGGGGUCGACGGACGUUUCAGGCCCUCAAGUCGCUGUAGACGUGGCUCAACAGCCUGUGAUGGGCCUGCGAGGACACGAUGGCGGAAACGAAGCAGCGGGCGACUAUGACCAUGGGAUGGCGAACUUUAUACUACAUUCUGGGCCUAGCCAGAUGUGGUCGCAACCCAUGGCCUGGGCUGUCAAGUCCAAGAUUGGACUUAAUGUGUCCCUGCUGAUCCAAGAAAUAUCGAAUCACUCGGUUUGCUUGGGACGUAGUCCUGGUGUUCGACGAAGGGACGUGAACAAGGCGGUCAAAGUUGCGGCCGGUUUGGCUGCAGUGCCGGCUUAA